AAGAGGUACAGACGCGCAGUGAAAUAGAGAGUGGCCGUUUCACCUGCCGACUAAGAGCACAAGGUGGAGAGAGAGAGACAGAGAGACACAUGUGGAGAGAGACACUCCAAAGCGGGCCUGCGUUUGGAUUUUGUCUGCAUCGAAUAACAGUAGGACUGGAUAAGGAUAGUAAACGCUACAGCUCGGAAGAAUCAUCGAUUGCAAAACCAGAGAGACCCUGUAAAACAUACACACGAGAAAAACAGCUUUUGGGAUUGUACUGAAGGAAAGAGACAGAAAUAGACAAGAAAAACAGAGGCGAAAACUGUCAAAUAAAGGCUCUUCUGAGUGACUCUGUGGGACAGUUCUGAUAUCUGGUCAGCAGUGGCGGUGUUCCAAGUGUCUUUGUGUGACACGUUGUGAAUGAAGAAAAGAGUCCUUUUUAAAAAAAGGUCUGCGCUCUUAGCCAAGGGGAGCUACUGAUAUUUCAGACAUUUAAGAGGACUCUUUUCCCCUGUCCAAACCCACUGGCGUGCUGGCUCAGAAUGAGCUCGUGUUUCUGCGGGGUGGAGGAACAAGCGAGGGUUUCUUCAGCUUGAAAUAAAGGCGGCCUUGUGUACGGUGAGGACGGGCAGCCUGACAGAGGGAGGGAUUGAGGUCUUUGGGACCCUCCGCCUCACAGGGCGAGAACGAGAGGCCCCAGGGCUCCAGCGACUCGGGGCUGUCGCUGUGUCUCCUCGGCUGGCUCCAGGGGUCUUCUUCUCAGUGCUGUGCGAGAACCCGUGCAACUCACAAGCGUUGGCAAGACCACAGGGUACACGACACUGGGAGCUCAUCGGGCAGGAUUGCAUGACUUUCUGCUUUGUCUCUUAUUAAUUAAAGAGUGGGAACAGUGAGUGCACCCUUGAAGCCCGUGGAUAGUCUGGGAUUACUCGUUUUCUGUGUGCUGUUUUACCUCUCCCAGUCUAACCUGCAGUUGAAGAAGGCUGUACUAGUGACAUCAGGAGUCUUACGAACCGGAUGGAGUGAUACACAACGCCAUCGCCAUGGACAACCUAAACCGAAACCAACCCAAACGCACGCGACAGACCCAUCAAGUUUUACAGAGCACCCCUCUGGACCUCAUUGAGACCGGGAAGGGGCUGAAAGUUCAGGCAGAGCGCCCCCAUCUGGUCAGCCUGGGAAGUGGGCGCCUUAGUACUGCCAUCACAUUGCUGCCACUGCCGGAAGGCAGAACCACGGUUGGGCAUUCGGCAAAGGACAUCAAUAUCCAGGGCCCAGGGAUCGUGGCACAGCACUGCUACCUCGAGAAUAAUGGAGGAGUUAUCAUCCUGCACCCCUGUGGAAACCCCUGCUCCAUCGACGGCCUCCCAGUCACUAGGCCUGUCCGCCUCACACAAGGGUGUAUGCUGUGUUUUGGCCAGUCGGCCUUUUUCCGAUUCAACCACCCAGAAGAGGCCUUCAGAAUGAAGAGUAUGAUGCCAGGAAGUGGACAGGGCCCCGCUGGACCCUGCAGAGCCAGCACAGAACCAGAACGUCUUGUCAAUGGGAACCACCAAUCAGGACCACCAGAGCCGCAUGCUAGCCCCCGUGAGAGAUCGCGUCCCGAACACAGCGCUUUGGUCAGCUCCAUUGAGAAGGAUCUCCAGGAUAUCAUGGACUCCUUAGUCAUGGAUGACCCACAGCCUUCCUCUUUCUCCGAGCACAAGAGGUCCUCCAGCUCCAUCAACCCCAUCCCACAAUCCCCUCUGUCACCCAUGGUGAAUGGUGGGGGUAGGUACCUCCUGUCUCCUCCAUUGAGCCCGGGGGCAAUGUCAGUGGGCUCAAGCUACGAGAAUGCCUCCCCACCCUUUUCACCUCUGUCGUCACCUUCUGCCGCCAGCAGCGGCAGCUACACCAGCCCUUCUCCCGUUAGCAGCCAGGACCAAGGUCCAUCUCUGCCCCCUGUGCCAGUCCGAUCCUCCAGCUACAACCACACUGUCCAGCCGCCCAUACCUCAGCCCCGGAGCUCACUGCCGAAUUACGCUGGCGUGGAUCCGCGCAGCAGCGGGGCACAGAGGGUGGCCGAAAGCCCCAGGCUCCAAAGACGUGCUCUUCUGGAGGCACCUCCAAGCCCCACCCUGACUCGCAGGGGGUUGAGCCAGGACAGCCCAGGGGGAAGAGGUCCAGAAAGCCCCAGAUUAACUCACGGGCUGCCUUCAGUUUCGAUUUCCACCAUUUCUGCGGAUUUCAAUUCCACUGCCAGGAAUGUGGUCCCGGGCAGCCCCAGACUGACCUCCAAAUUUCACAACUCUUCUCCUUCUGCAGCCCCACCUAGUCCCAGGACAAAGAUGGGGGUCAUGUUCCAAGAUCGUCCCUCCAGCCCCUUCAGAGACCAGGGCACCAUCGACCGCUCUCUAACCUCCAGUCCCUCCAGACAGCUUUCUCAAACUCCUAGGUCCUUUCAGCCACCCCUGGAUCCCAUUGUUCACAUAAUUCAGGACGGACCACAUCUACGGCAGCACUCCCAGAGUCUCCAGCCCCCAGAGAGCCCACGGCUGGGCCGCAGGAAUGUAGACGUGAACUCGGGCGCUCUCAGCAGCAUGCGGGACUUGCCUCCCCUCAGCCCCUCGCUGUCGCGCAGGGGGAUCCCUACCCUCCCUGGAGUCUCCCCACUCCCAGCAUCCUCUCCUUCUCUACGGGUGCCGGACAGCCCCUCGGGGAAGCUCUUGCGGGACGUCCCAGAGAGCCCCAGACUACGCCGCAAGGCAGCCUCCCCCCCAGAGGAAGGGUUUGGGUCUCGGGGGGUCAGAGCGCGGAGUCCUUCCCCCACCACCGCGUUCCAGCAAACCAGCGCCCCAGCGGACGGCGGAGGGCGGAAGGCUAGCUAUGGCAACGCCCUUUCUCCCGCCUUCAGCCUCGGCUCCCUGCCGGGCUCCUCGCCGCUGCCGAGUCCCCGUGGCCACAGGAAGAUGUCGGGGGGUGCGGGCGACCUGCGGCCUCCCCACCCAGGUCUGCGUGAGCGCAAGAACAGCAUCACGGAGAUCAGCGACAACGAGGACGAGCUGCUGGAGUAUCACCGCCGCCAGCGAGAGGAGAGGCUCCGUGAGCAGGAGAUGGAGAGACUGGAACGGCAGCGCCUGGAGACGAUCCUCAAUCUGUGCGCGGAGUACAACAAGGCAGACCUGGCGCCCGGGGCCGAGGCGGGCAGGAUGGGCUUCCCUGGGGAGGCGGGGGGCAGGAGGCCUUCGGUGGAGGUGGGGGUCUCGCCGGCGCACCGCGGGCCGCCGCGGCAGAGGGAGAGCGACGAGGAGAACCUGAAGGAGGAGUGCAGCAGCACAGAGAGCACGCACCAGGAGCAUGAAGACGCCCCAGGGAGCGGCGGCGCCAGCCGACAGGAAGUGGGUUACUUGGAGGAGGAGAGGCUGCGGGUUCUGGCCCGAGUGGACGAGCUAAAGGCCCGCGUCACCGAACUAGAGCAACAGCUGCAGGAGUCCAAGCAGGAGGCGGAGAUGGAGCGAGCUCUCCUGCAGGGAGAGAGGCAGGCGGAGCUGGAGCAGCUGGAGGCCGAGCAGGAGAUCAUCGGGCAGCUGGGGCGCAAGCUGAGCGAGCUGGAGUGUGCCAUUCAGAGGGAGAAAGAUAAGGAAAGGGCAAAUGUUGAAGCAGAGCGCGAGGCCCUGGAGAGGCUCCAGGAUGGUUACAAUGAGCUGAAGAACCAGCUUCAUAACUGCCCCGAGUCUGUGAGGGAGCAGAUACAGGAGCAGCUCAAAAGGGAGGCCGAGACCCUGGAGUCAGAGACCAAGCGCUUUGAGGACCUGGAGUUCCAGCAACUGGAGAAAGAGAGCAGCCUGGAGGAGGAGAGGGAGACCAUCAGCCAGCAGCUCUUACAGGACAGAGCAGAAUACCAGAGCAGCCUGGCCAAGAGGAAGGAGAAGGUGGCUGCGCUGGAGAAUCAGGCCAAUCAGUUGGGACUGCAGGCAGCCCAGGAGUGUGACAGGCUGGCCAAGGACAGAAACCUGGCCCUACAGCUGUUGCACAAGGAGAAAGAGAGGCUGUCGGCCCUGGAGAAGAGAUAUUACAGCCUGACAGGAGGCCGGAACUUUCCAAAGACCUCUAGUACGAUGAAAGAGGAAGUACUUCAUAUCAGCGAGCCUGACCUGCUAGAGGACGUCCAGUCCCAGCUUUCCCUACAGCAACCUGCUGCUUCCUAUUUACCUAAUUCUGCCUCCCAAGUCUGCCCCAGCAGACUGCAAGAGGAGUACGUGAAGCUUUCUGACGUGUAUAAGAUGUAUGGGAAUGGCUACCGCGAUGCCCAGAUCACCGCCGCGCAGGACUGGCUGUCUCAUGCUGUGCCCUCAGCUGCUCGUGAGGAGUACGUUACGGUCAGCCAGUUAAAAGAGAUCUUUGGGAUGCCGAAGGUUGAGCCCUCCCCUACCUCUCCUGUUGCGCCAUUCCAGUCCGUAGUCGCUGACCCCGCCUUGUCCUCUCGCGGCACCUCCCAGGGCCCCGCCCACUCUGUCUCGGCCGAGUACCAGCCCGAUGGGAGCAGGCCUCUUAAGCCUGCUCUGGAUUUAGAGCAGUGGUACCAAGAGAUCAUGGCUGCUGGCGGGGACAACGGUCCCUCAGCAAACCAGCUCUGCCCUCCUCCUCUCCCAGCUAAAUCUUUCUCAGCUCGCAGGCCAGUGCAGGUUUAUCGCUCCAAACUGGACAGUGAGAACAGCCAGGUGGUGUCACGCUCCGUGACCGGGACUGGAUCCUCAACACAGUACAGUGCAGCCACACUGGGCCGCAACACACCAGCCAAGAGCCCCCUGCUGGUCCCCAACAGUACAGGCAGUCUGCCCAGGAACCUGGCUGCAACCUUGCAGGACAUUGAGACUAAGAGGCAGCUGGCAUUGCAGCAGAAAGAGCCCCUGCCCACCACAGCAGAGUCUCCCCAAAGCAACGACACCCCCGCAGGUCAGCAGGUGAUUGAGGAACAGCGGAGGCGCCUGGCGGAGCUGAAGCAGAAGGCUGCAGUGGAGGCGCAGUGCCAGUGGGAGGCGCUGCACGGCUCACAGACCCAGCUCAAUGCCCCCUUCGCCUCUGGCGGUGGGCCGCCGCUGGUUCACCAUUCCAUCCUGCACCACCACCCCCCGCCGGCUGGCGAGCGGCCGUACGACACGCUGAGCCUGGAGAGUUCGGACAGCAUGGACACCAGCAUCUCAACCGGGAACAAUUCAGCCUGCUCGCCUGACAACAUGUCCAGUGCCAGCGGAAUGGAUGCCUUGAAGAUCGAAGAAAUGGAGAAGAUGCUGAAGGAAGCGCAGCUGGAGAAAGCCAGGCUCAUCGAGAGUCGAGAACGCGAGACCCAGGCCCGUAAGCAGAUGCUGGAGGAGGAGCGCCGGCGGCGGGAGGAGGCCGAGAAGCGGCUGCAGGACGAGACGGUGCACAGACAGCAGCUGGUGGAGAAGGAGGUGAAGAUGAGAGAGAAGCACUUCUCGCAGGCCCGGCCCAUGACUCGCUAUCUGCCCAUCCGCAAGGAGGAGUUUGACCUGCGCUCGCACAUCGAGUCCUCGGGCCACAACGUGGAGACCUGUUAUCACGUCAUUCUCACCGAGAAGAUGUGCAAAGGCUACCUGGUCAAAAUGGGAGGCAAGAUCAAGUCCUGGAAGAAGCGCUGGUUCGUCUUCGACCGCCUCAAGAGGACUUUCUCCUACUACGUAGACAAACAUGAGACGAAGCUGAAGGGGGUCAUCUAUUUCCAGGCCAUUGAGGAAGUUUACUACGAUCACCUGCGCAGUGCAUCAAAGAAAGGAUUUUUCAACCUGAAUUUGGCCAAUAUCGCCGAGCUGCUCCCACCUCCGUUUCGGAGAGAGGUGUGUCUGAAUUGGCCCCGUUUUCAGUGCCUGACGAGCGCGAUGCUCGAGAGUGCUCGUUCGGGAGCGCUGAGCGAGGGACUCUUGGAGAGCCCGAACCCCUCGCUCACAUUCUGCGUCAAGACCCACGACAGACUCUACUACAUGGUUGCUCCAUCUCCAGAGGCCAUGAGAAUCUGGAUGGACGUCAUAGUAACGGGAGCGGAGGGCUACACGCAGUUCAUGAACUGAGAAGGAGAGCAGGGAAAACCAGGACUAACCAGUCUGAACCAAUCUGAACUCAUUCGAGCCCAAUAAUAGUUUCUGUUUCAGCAGGGAGAUGCGUGAUUGAGACCGCUGAUUCAAAGCCUGGCUCCCAGCCUCAAAAUAACUUGACCUUCUUGUCAAUAUAUCCUUUUUAAUUUUUUUUUUUAAAAAAUAUCUUUACACACAAUGAAAUAUUUUAGACACUUUUUUUGUACAACCCCACCCUCCCUUGGUCUUUUUCUACCUACUUGCCAGAACUGACAGGGAGAAGGAGUUACAUAAGCUGGAGAAAACGCUCAAGAACUCAACUUUAGGCCUUGCAGCACAAAGCUAGGCCUCAAGUGUUAUUGCCAAUAAGAGAGCUUCUGUUUGAUUACGGAACAGUCUCUCACAAAACAAGGACCUACUCUGAGGAACCAUGGUGUCAUUUUUGUAUGUCAAAGUUUGUUUCUGAAUCAUUGAAACUUCUGUUUUUUUCUUACACGACAAAUAUGGGAAAUAGCCAAAUGGCAGUGCAAUGCCAACUGAUUCUCAAGUACUGGGAUGGUUUAGCUAGAUAAUAGUCAUAUGGAACUGAAACAAAAGAAAGUGACCCAUUGCCAAAUUUAAACUUGUGCAUUUUAAACUACCUUACAAACAUUUCAAUCUCUUUUUUGUAUAAAAGCCAACUGUUUUUACGGAUUACGAGGAGGGGAGAAAAAACGACCUUCCUGUGUGUUUGAAAACAGGAUAAAAACAUCCACCAAAGCAGACACAAGCUCAGGAACGCGUCGCGUAAUUUUUUCUCGCGUGUCCGUGGAGAAGGACUCCCAGUUUGCUCAUCGGAGAUCACUGUGUCAGUCUGUGAACGCCGCCAAGGGUAAAAAUACUCGGUGCAUAAGUGCGCAUGCACACACAUCCGAAAAAGGUCUGUGCGCCGAGCUGUGAUCACAAGACAGGGACAUUAUUCCCAAACUGGAAAAGGCAGCCUUCCCUUCACUGCCAACCAGGAAAGCAGCAGAGGAGUGGAUCAAGGUGGGGAUUUAAAAUAAAAAGGAACCAAACUGGACCCUUUGUCAGGGCAGAGAGAAUUCUGCUGACCUCUUGGACAUCUGUGCCUUGAUAUUCAUGACUCCAGGGAUUUAGGACUCUUUAACACUUGUGGAAAGCUUGCUGGAAUUACUACACGUGUAUUCAAAUCCUUUCUUUUAAAUCUGUUUUGUUUUUUAAAUAGCAUUGUUAGUCUGCCGACGACUUUGAACAGAGAACGUCAUGGGCUUGGCUGAAGACGUCCUGACUGCUAUCAGUUCGGCAAUUUGAAUGUGGCUGAACAGAGCCAUGCUUCUACGGCAUGUGGGGUUCACCAUUUACAGAACUGGGGCCACAAAUCAUAGGCUGAGAGGCUCUUUUAAGAGCCUCUAUUCCAACCACAACUCGCCCCAAAACACUACAAGAAAUGCACCAGCAUUCUUUCAGUAUUCUUUAUUCUGUACAGCACUUUUACAUCAAAAUGCUGAGUUUUAGCUUUUUUAUGUCCCGAGAGCCCGAGCAUCCUCUGUUCAAACAAUAUGGGGGAACUAUGACUGCUUUUUCUUUAUUGUAAAAGCCAAUGAGUAUUUUUAGUUGACAUUUUAGUUAAAGAUGGGUCUCCACCGCCCUGGCAGAUCUGCAACCAACUCAAGUUAAAAUGAGUCCUGUCAGCAUAAAGACUGGUUAUACACAAUCAUUUAAAUGCAUUACACCUCUGCCUCCCGUUUCCUAAACAUGCUAAGAAACUGAAAAUAUAUUUCACAGCAUUUGGAGAUUUUGAUUUCAGUUAUUGCAAACUCAAUUGUUAGCCAACUUUGCUAACACUGUAUCCUAGGAUUUGCAGUUCCCAAGCUUUGAAAACACAAUUUUAGGUUCAUAAAUGCAGGACAGAGUAUGUAUAUGUACAGUAUACACACAGUACAUAUGUAUAUAUAUUAUAUAUAUACACACACUUGCUGUUAAAGAAGGCCUUGUUAAGCAUUGUGGGAUGGUCUGAUCUGUAUUUAAUCUCUCUUAUUUAAGAUGUAAAUGCCCAUGAUGCAUUGCCAGAAGUAUUUAUUUGGAUUAUUUUGGUAUCGUUUUGGUGUUGUAGCUUUGUACCACACUUGCAGGGUUUCCAAUGGCAGAGUUUACUGCUCCUCCCUUUCCAGCCAGUGCAGCUACAGUGCCCAAGCUUGUACCGCAGGGGGAGACACUGUCUCACUCCCCUUCCCACCCCCCAACACCGCUCCUCACAUCCGCCACAUCCUGGGCCACAUCACAUUGAUGGUACCUACUCUGCUACAUGCAGUGCUGUCAUGUAUGGAUAACAUGGAGUUUAAUCAGGUCUAUUAAAAAAAUUACAAAAGG